AUGCCACGGUGUGCACGUGCUCGGGCUGGAGAGGUGAGAACGUCCGUGGAGCAGACACUCCGGCAGCAUUUUGCGUUUGCCAAACGGGAAGACAAACGGCACACUUCGGAGUCUGCGCGCCCGGCGGGCGCAGCGCCUCCUGGCGGCGGCGGCGGCGGCGGCGGGGCGCCGGCGACGCGCAGUCAGGCGUUCUCGGCGGGCAGCCCUCGGCGGGGCCUCGCCUUCAGCGCGGGGUCCUCGGCGGCCUGGGCGGCGACUGCCCCUGCUGCUGUCGUCGACGGGGGGCGGCUGUUGGUGCGGCGGCUCUCGGCUCGCGGCGGCGGCGGCGGCGGCGGCGGCGGCGGCGGCGGCGGAGGCCCAGGCCGAGGCGACGCGGGGAGGCGGCGGCCGGCGCGCUGA